AUGCCGCACCAUAUCCCUGCCUGGGAGCCUAGGGUAGAUGUUUUUCGCUUCAAGGUGCCAGAUUGGAAUUCAUCGGUCGUCUGCAAACGAUCAGUUAUCUCCGAUUUAGCUCGAUUAAUUGGAGUCGUAACCGUUUCCGCCAAAAUAUUUGUUCAAUCUCUCUGGAAGAAGAAGGUGUCUUGGGACGAACCGCUGCAAGACGACCUUCAAGAGCAAUGGGUGGAGUUUCGAAUAAGCCUCUCUAGACUUGAAUUUCUGGAAAUUCCGAGAUGGAUCGCAUUCCGGACAAAUUGUCUUUCGGUGGAGCUUCACGGUUUUUGCGAUGCUUCGACGAAGGCCUACGGAGCGUGCAUAUAUGUUCGGUGUACGCAUUCGGAUGCGACAAUCACCACUAAUCUGCUGGUAGCAAAGUCACGAGUGUCCCCGCUAGCAGAGCUGGGAAAGAAAAGGAAGCAGCUCACAAUUCCUCGGCUAGAGUUGUCCUCCGAUGUGCUAUUAGCUCAUCUCUACGAGAAAACAGUUGCAAGCAUUCCGGUUUCCGCCCAGUCAUAUUUCCACACCGACUCCAUGAUUGUGCGUUACUGGAUCUUAUCAAAUCCGUCGCGGUACCAAAUGUUCGUGGCGAACAGGAUCUCGGAAGUGCAACACCUGACGAAAAAUGGUACGUGGAGACACGUAGCAGGAACGGAAAAUCCAGCGGAUGCACUUUCGCGCGGCAUUACACCAGGAGAUCUACAAAAUAAUUCGCUGUGGUGGGAAGGGCCACCCUGGCUGAAACAAGAAAAGGAAUACUGGCCAGAAACCCAAGAAAUCGUAUUGGAAGAACUGGAUCGAUCGCACCUCGAGGAAAGUUCUGCUGUAGUAUCCGUAGCUACAAUCUCACCACCAAGUGACAUCUUCAGUCUACGUUCCACGUUGCACCGACUGGAAAAACUUGUUGCCCUACUGCUGCGUUUUAAAUACAACACUCUCCAUGCACGCGGGUCAAUCUCCAAAAGGCUCGGUGCGGUGACACUUUCGGAGCGGAAGAACGCGCUACUGAAACUAGUGAAAUUGUCACAGCAUGAAUGUUUCUCCCAAGAAAUCGUCGACCUUAAAGGAAAGGGCGAAGUUCGCCCAACGUCUCGAAUCAGGACAUUACACCCACGCUUGAUUGAAGGCGUACUCCGAGUCGGCGGCCGGCUGGAGAAUGCCCCAAUCUCCAUAAAUCGGAAGCAUCCCAUACUGUUGGACAAAAAUCAUCCUCUGACAUUCAUGAUCAUGCGUCGUUUCCACUUUGAACAUCUUCACGCUGGACCUCAACUGUUGGUAGCCAGUGUACGCGAACCAUAUUGGCCACUCAGCGCUCGAAGUCUUCCUCGUACGAUUGUGCACAGAUGCCUCACCUGUAUCCGUAAUAAGCCAGUCGUGCAGGAUCAAUUGAUGGUCGAUCUCCCAGUGGAACGAGUCACUCCAGCUCCACUAUUUCUCCGGAAGGCGAACUACAGUGAAGCAUUACGCUGCAGUUUUGUAUGCCUGGUCACCAAAGCGGUUAAUAUUGAGAUGUUUGCAGAUUUAAAUACUUCAGGAUUCCUGGCCGCUCUGAAGAGGUUCGUGGUCAAGAGGGAAAAACCGGUCCUCAUAACGUGCGACAACGGGUCCAACUUUGAUAGAGCAAGGCGGCAGCUAGACGAAUUAGCUGCACUUUUCAAGGAUCAGCAGUCCCAGUGUUCAAUCGCAGCUGGCGCUGCGGACAUAGGGAUUAAAUUUAAAUUCAUUCCAGCCAAAUCCCCAAACUUCGGCGGUUUGUGGGAGGCGGCAGUCAAGUCAAUGAAGCAACAUUUGAAGAAGACGAUUGGCCUGAGGACGGUUACUCCCGAUGAGCUCAACACGGUCUUGACACAAAUCGAAGCGUGUCUGAACUCCAGGCCGCUCACGCAAAUCAGUAACGAUCCUAGCGACUUGAGCGUACUGACACCCGGCCAUUUUCUUGUGCAGCGACCGCUGACUGCGGUGGCAGGGCCGUGGCUGAAGGAUAUUCCAGAGGGUCGACUCUCCAGGUGGCAGCAGGCGGAAAACUUUGUCCAGCGAGUGUGGUCCAGAUGGUCCACGCAAUACUUGUCCGACCUGCAUAACAGGACCAAGUGGUCCCGGCAGAAGAAUAAUUUAUUUGUUGGCACUAUGGUGCUGAUCAAGGAGGACAACCUCCCUCCUCUUAAAUGGCUUCUAGGCAGAGUGAUUCAGGUUCAUCCCGGAGCCGAUGGAAAUAUCAGGGUCGUCACCGUGCGGACCAAGGAUGGGAACAUCGUUCGUGCUAUCUCAAAGAUAUGCAUCUUACCCAUUUCCGACAACGACCAACCACCAGCGACUGGGGAGAACUAG